GAAGCUCUAAGCCCGCUCCCCUGCCCGCCGUAGCCAGCCAGGAUGGACCAAGAGCUCUUGGUCCGCCCAGACAUAGCUGCGACUGCGUGCGCUGCCCUUAACUGAGCAGAAGCCGCCGCCCUGGAUCACACCUCCGACGUCUCUGCAUCGUCACUGCAACUUCGUGGCCUCACCGAUCGUAAACCCCCACUCCGGCGUGGAAGCUCUCCGCACUGUGCCUCGCCGUCCACGACAUUCUUCUGCAGCUCUUCGCCUGUGAGAAGGCUCCACGCGCGCCAGGGUUGUCCGCAAGCGGGCAAGACCCCAGAUUGCCUUUUGACGGUGACGGGAUACUCGUUACGACCGCGUGCCUCCAUCAACUGCCUGGAAAUACCAAUCGGAAAUCAGGAUGGGCGAGUCCCCCACGCCCUCCCCAACUUCUGCACCCGCUGGCGUCCUCAAAGCCUCACCACAGGCCGCUGCUGUGUCUGCCUCCACGCGGCUGCCUGUGAGCCCUCUGCUGCUGGCCGCUGCCGGCGAUGAGACACACGAUGCACGACGGCCCUCGAUCCAGUUCAUCCCGCAUAUCCAGGUCGGCUUGCCCCAGGGCCUCCCGAAGUCUGGACGCUUGCAACGGCGGAUGUCGUCGCCGCCACCUCCUCCUCUUUUCCGACCCCGUGUCUCCUUUGACACCUUCGACCGGCCUGCAGACUUCAUAGAAGAGAACUCAUUCACUCUGAUUACGAAACACAAAGACUACGAAUACACGAAGCGCUCGCGAACGUUUCUGUGCGGAUUAGACUCCAACGACUACUCCGAGUACGCGCUACAAUGGCUAAUCGACGAACUAGUCGAUGAUGGAGACGAGAUUGUGUGUCUGAGGGUGGUGGAGAUGGACUCGAAGGUCGCAGCAGACUCCAGCAUCGAGAAUGGCAAAUACCGCAAGGAGGCUGAGCAGUUGAUGAAGCACAUUCAAACUAAGAAUGACGACAAUAAGGCUAUCAAUCUGAUACUGGAGUUCUCGCUAGGAAAAGUGAACAAGGUCAUUGACGAGAUGAUCAAUCUCUACGAGCCAGCAAUUCUUGUCGUUGGCACUCGUGGUCGAAGUCUGGGCGGCUUUCAAGGCUUGCUCCCGGGUUCAGUGUCGAAAUACUGUCUACAGCACUCUCCAGUUCCGGUUAUAGUCGUUCGACCGAGCACUAAACGAGAUAAGGCGAAACAGAAGCGAAAGGCUGAUGGACGCCAUGCGUACAAGGACAUUCUGGACAAAGCCGCUCCCAUGACAGGCCAUAUCCUCAACAUGAGCCACAGGAAUAGUUUCAUUGAGGAGGAGAACCUGCCGGCAUCGGAUGAUGAGGCUGGCGCGGUUGCUGCAGCUAUAGGAUAUAAGCCAUCCCGAGGAGAGACCAUUCAUCCGCUAGCACAUGUCCAGUCUGCCCCUGGAAAUCUGGAUUCGCCAGAGCUUAGAGGUGAACACAACGGUGACGUUUCACCAGACGAUUUCCGAAGUCCAGGAGUUGUCAUGAAAAGCCCCCACCUACAGAAUUUGGACAGUCCACCAUUGAGCGAUGACAGCAGCAGCGAUGAUGAGAACGGCCCCGAAGGAGGCGUUCCAAUGGACCCUGAGGAUUCUCCUGAUGAGUCUGCAAAGCCAGCUGCUUCAAGGGCGGCGGAGAGACAUUCAGUAGCGUUCGUGGAGCCAGACGAUCUACCAACGAGGAGCUGAACUGAACGCCAGGUCAGACUUGACGAAUUCUGAUACCUAGAGAUGGGUCAACGAGCACAAACGGAUUAAUGGGGCGGAUUCAUGGUGUCAUUACUAAAGUCAUAGCUACACAUGGCUAUGGCAGGGUCGGCUCAGAUUGAA